AUGAGCGAAUCGCCAGGGUCUUCCAAGGUCUGCGUGUGUACGGAGCUCAGUGAUGAGACCUCAGGUCCUCUUACUCCUCACUGUGAGUGUCCGAGAGAUGAGCAUGAAAUCGUCAUUCACGAAGAAACAUGUCUUAUGUACAAGCACGAGAGGAUCAUAUUCCCUCAUGAGCCGGAGGUAUGCGAGUGCGUGACUCCGCCGUUCGAAGAUGGGGUCUGCAAAUGUUGCGCCUGCCCCGUGGACCAGUGUCACUGCAAGAAGGCUGGUAGAGAAGUGUUUGAUGAAUGGCGCAGCAAGCGGGACGUCGGGGAGAUGCCAGCAGUGCUGGAGUCUUCUCAUCCCCUGAUGCAGAGGUUCCAGGAGACGCUCAAACGAUUCCUGGAGAAGGAGAACGCGAUCGCCGAGGAGGAGAUAUUGCAACUGAGAGAUGAUCUGCGCCUGAGUAAGCUGGCGUAUGACAAUGACCUCGAAACCAUAUAUAGGAGUGAUCAUGAUACCAACGCGCAAAGGGCCAUGAUCGUGGAGUACGAGACAACCCUUGGUCAGAAGACCAGGGAAAGGGAGGAAGCCGAGAAACGCGCCAGAGAAGCCAACGAGAGGUACCAGCGAGCCCGCGACAAACUAAACCAGGAUAUUAUUACGGAAAGAGAAACAACCGAAGAACUGGAGGCUCUGACUGCUCUGUGCAGGCAGCUGGAAACUUGGCGCGAGGAGACCGAGUCGGACCUGACCGUCAGUCAGCGAAUGUCUGACAAAAUGCGGGCCGAGAAGAAAGCGUUGGCUGAUGAGAAACGGCAACUGGAUAUAAUAAUAUUCGGGUUGAGCAACGAGGUGUGGAAGCUUGAGUCCAAAUUGGAGCUUUUCAAGAAGCAGCUCGAAAUAAAGAACGUUGAGAUGGAGAAUGUCAAUGAUAAGGUGACAGCAUACGCGGCCGAGCUGGAAGAUCUGGACCUGGACAAGCGUCGCUUGGUGAGCCUCUGGAACGCUGUGCUCGUCAACAUUCAGCAACGGGACAAGGUUUAUGACUCAGUCAGGGAUGAUUACAGGGCACUGACGGAAAAUUAUCGCACUUUGAUGAACAACCUGGAGAUCACGAAGAAGGUGCUGAUGGAGGAGAUGAACAAGGGGAAAGAGCUGACGAUGAACAAGGACAAGCUGACGUAUGAUCUUGAGCAUGCCACCAAAUUAUUUGACGCGGAAGACGUGAAGAGGGUGACUUACGAAUCAGAGAUUUCCGAACUUCAGGAGUCAGUAGAAAUGAAUGAACGGGACCAAGAGAUGAUAAAAUCAGAAAACUUCGCAAUGAGGAACAUUUUGAAAAGCACAGAGAAGGAGUUCGACCACAAGGUGGAAGCUAAGCUGAAGUUGGAGAAUGAGAUCCUGGAGAAUCUGCAGGAGUGUCUCCUCAACGACAAAGCAGUGGAGUCCAUGGCGAAUGGCAUCAGGAAGAUGCGAGAAUUAUCCAGAAAACAGGAAAUAUCAUUGAUGUCACUGGAGACUCAGCACGCCAAGAUGAUGUUGGACAUUGAGGUGUACAGAAACCGCCAAGCGCGCAACAACAUACUGCUGGAAGAGACUCUGGCCAAGGUCCGCAACAGAGAGAAGGAGAUUGACAAGUUGGAGGAGAAGUACGACCAGAAGGCGCUGCUCCUCACCAAGAAGCAGAGGGAGCUAGACAUUAUCAUAAAGAAGUACAACACUCUAAAAGAAGUUUUUGAUCUGAAAUCGCCACAAGAGCGGCGCAUUGAAGAGUUAGAGCAGCAGAUCAAAGCACUUCGCGAGAAAACCGAGGGGAUGCAACAUGAGUGGCUUCGUCUGCAAGGGCACGUGGUGAAACUGACGGCACAGCACCACAAGUUGGUGGCCGACAUCAACCUCAUCAACAAACAAAUCCAAAUUUGCGAGCAGAAGAUAAUGCGCAUACAAGUCGACUGCGAGAAUGUCGCCCAAGAGAGAAGUCGCGUGGAAAGAGUGUUGCGAGACCUGCGCGGGAGACUAGAAGUGCUACAGCGCACGCGCAAGGACGCCACUGAGAGAAAUGUCAAUGCGCAACGGACUAAUGUCGCUAUUACACACGAGUACGCGGCUAAUUUGAAGGGUGCAGAGGCAGAAAUUAUUCAAAUGGAGGAGGAUAUUGAUACGAUGGACAAGGAGAAGGCCAAUCUUACACAAGAACUGGAUCGCAUUCAGAGAGAAGCGCUCAUUUGGCAGAGAAAGGGUAUACUAGCAGUAGAACUGAAGAGAAAUAUCCAAAAUGCCAAAUCAGCUGCUGGGGAAAUUGGACAGAUGAAGAAUGAGAUUCAUAGAAUGGAGGUCCGUCGUGAGCAACUUCGGCGUACCAGCGAGAAGUUGGCCGAAGACUUGGCGUUGUACGUGACGCGGCGAGAGACAGCCAUGGAGAAGAGUCGAGCCGCCGCCGCCGUUGAGAAGGCCCACGGGAGCUCCACGCAGACCUCGCAGUCCUCGUACCAUCACAAGCUGAGGCUGGCUAAAGCUGAUAUGGCAAGAGUAACUAAGGACCUGUCAGACGCGAAAGCCCAAAUGGAGCAGUUGCGACAGGAGCAAGCGCGACUAGAGAGUGAGGUUGAAGAAAACAGCAACAUAAAUGCUCAGCUGGAGGAACAAGUGGCCACCCUGCUGCGCGAGUGCCGCGAGACCGAGCGUCAGAAGCAAUGGAUCCUGGAGCGCGUAGUUCGUAGUCAGCGCCUCGGCAGCGAACUGGCGACGGCUAUCAAACGCCAGUCGGUUCGCACGCGGAAGCCCAAGUCUACCAUCAUGACGGAGUAUAACCAAGCUAGGGCCCUCAACGACCGCCUGCGUUACAUCGUCGACAACCUCGCUAAGGAGUACCCUUAUCUCAGUGACAAGUUUGAAACUGUGUGUAAUACCCUCAAUAUUCACAGCCCAAGUGAAUCGCCCCGGUUAGUGGCAGAGUGUAGCAGUGAAUGCAUUGUGGAGGAAGACAAUGUGGCUGAGAAACCUUUAGAGUAUGGGGAGUAGGCUUUUUUAAAGAAAGA